UGCGCCGGCGCGCCGGGGCGGGGCGGGAGGCUGGAAGGGGCCGAUCCCGCCGGGUUUCCGGGACUGGGGCGGCAUGGAGCCAUCGCUGGCGGAGGGGGGCGGCCGCUUCCGUACCAGCGAGCACCAGCACGUUCGGUACAACCCGCUGCGGGACGACUGGGUGCUGGUGUCGGCCCACCGGGUGAAGCGCCCUUGGCAGGGUCAGCUUGAGAAGCCACCCCCAGAGGAUGUGCCCCGCUGGGACCCCAAGAACCCCCUCUGUCCCGGGGCCACCCGGGCCAACGGCGAGGUGAACCCAAAGUACGAAGGUACUUUCGUCUUUCCAAAUGACUUCCCUGCACUGCAGCCUGAUGCUCCAGAACCUGAUGACAGUGAUCACCCCUUGUUUCGAGCUGCCCCAGCCCGGGGUGUGUGCAAGGUGAUGUGUUUCCACCCCUGGUCAGACCUGACGCUGCCUCUCAUGUCCCUGCCAGAGAUCCGGGCUGUCGUCGAUGCAUGGGCAGAGCUGGCGACUGAACUGGGUGCUUCCUACCCCUGGGUGCAGAUCUUUGAGAACAAGGGAGCGAUGAUGGGCUGCUCCAACCCACACCCCCACUGCCAGGUGUGGGCCAGCAGCUUCCUCCCGAACGAGGCGCGCCUGGAGGACCGGACCCAGCGCCAGCACCUGAGCCAGCAUGGCGUGCCCAUGCUGCUGGAGUAUGCUGAGCAGGAGGCUCGCCGAAAGGAGCGGCUGGUGGUGGAGAAUGCAGACUGGCUGGUUGUGGUGCCAUACUGGGCUACCUGGCCCUACCAGACCCUGCUGCUGCCCCGCCGCCACGUCUGUCGCCUCCAGGACCUCAGUGACAGUGAGAAGGACAGCCUGGCCUCCAUCAUGCAGAGGCUGCUCAUCAAGUACGACAACCUCUUUGAAGUCUCCUUCCCCUACUCCAUGGGCUGGCACGGAGCCCCCACAGGCCCCUACCUGGAGGAGGAGUGCAGGCACUGGCAGCUCCAUGCCCACUACUAUCCCCCACUGCUGCGCUCCGCCACCGUCCGCAAAUUCAUGGUGGGAUACGAGAUGCUGGCACAGGCACAGAGAGACCUCACCCCAGAGCAGGCAGCUGAGCGCCUGAGGAGCCUCCCUGAGGUACACUACAAGAAGAGGACCGAGGAGGUGUGAUGGGGAGCAGCACAACAUCCAGGCCUCGGAUCUGCAAAGGAUUGCUCCUGCCUGCUUUUCCCAAAACCACCCUGAAUGAGUCUAAUUUCUUCAGAAACAAAAGCCAGAAGCCUUGAGAAUUUCCCCAUUCUUCUGGGAGAGAGCAGGGUAGACGUCCUGCACCCAGUAGAGCUGGGGCUUCAUGAAGUGGAAUCACCUUGCAAGAUCAUGUCCAGAGCUCUGCCUGGUCAUCCUCCCUCCUUUCAGAGCAGCAAGGUGGGAUGACAUCAACUGGGAGCUUACUGGAGCCCUGUUCCUCGCAGGGGAAGUGGGGAGUUCACGCUGGGACAGUGGCUUUGCAGAGCCACACCCAGACAUGGGCACUGAGGGAUGGAGAAAACAGAAUGAAGCUGCCAAACCCCUGGCUGGUGGGGGAAAAGGUGAGAGGUCAGAGAGCUGGUGGGAGGGUAAUGUGGGAUCCUGUUGGCACCUGUUGGAGUUAUGGGAAACUCCAGCUGAUCUAAACCUAAACCUGCUGGCAGGCUGUCUGCUGGAGAAGCUGUUCUCUGCUCAUGCUGGAGGGGAGUGGCAUCCCACAUAUUGCAAAUAUUUCUAGAAGACAGCUCCUCACCCCUUCUCCUGCAGUUUGCAUGACCUGAACAUCUCUGGUAAGAGCAGAUGAGGCUGUGAGGAGAGAGAACUCUGGUCUCAGUGUGAUACCAGAGCACUCCACAUGGACAUGAUCCCUGUGGCCAGCACUGGCCUCAGCUCUGCCAGUCCUCACCACCUGAACAUGUAUUAUUUGUGUGCUCCAUGGACACUGGCUCAUCUCCUCUGACCUCUCUUGCACAAAGCCUCUGGUCUGGGGCUGGAAACUGGAAAUGGAGCCCCUGGAGAUCCUGAGGCUAGAAUAAAGACAAGCUGUGUGCUCACACCUCAGUCAUGCCAACACUCACAGCUGUCUGGCAUGAGCAACUUUGGGUCUGAAUUGACCACCAAGGGGGCAAAUCCACCAACCACAAACUCAGAGCUGAAACUAGAAGAGUCCUAUGCAAUCCUCCCAAAAUGCCACUGGUGUCAGGGAAUGCUCAUCCAGGUUCCACCACUUGGAGGGAAAUACUGUUUGGUUUGCUUGCAUAAGCACCCCCAUCUCUCAUCAGCUGAGGGUCCUUGGACCUGUUAGCAGAUAAUCACUAGGUUUGAAAGCUCUCAGUUGUCCUCACAGCUUGAUCACAAAUGAGAAUGAAUGGUGUCUUCAAGGGGCUGCAGCAGGGUAUGAACUGGAGCCAGGGACCCCUUGUCAAGGGCACCUGGUACAGGUGGCUGCAAAAUGGGAAAAGCAGAGUUGACCCUCCUGUCAUUGCAUGGGCAAAAAGAGUAGAACAAGAAUAUUUUCACCUGGGGCAACACAGACAAAAGGACUCUUUCCACCUUCAACUUCCCAUGCUGGAGACUGUGAAGAGAAAGUUGUUUUAUAGAAAGAAACUGGGUCUUACAUUAAUAGAGAGAGAUUAUAGCUUUAUGUGAGAAGAAGAAAGAAGCUAAACGAGGUGCUGAUGCAGUGAGGAUCUUUAUUGUUAAGCACUCUUAAUAAUGCAUGGAGUUGUACUCAUCUUUCAGUAACUUUAUUCCACUAUUGUAAAUCUCAUUUUAGUGAUCCCAUCAUUUCAGCCUUAAUUCUAGCUGGCAUAGUAGAGCCAUCUGCCAGCCAGGAGAAUUUCUUACCUUCUCCUCCUUGUACCAAACACUGGGAAAUGCCCAGCUCCCACAUACCUGGGGGACAGCACAGGAACCAUCUGGAGCAGACAGACCUCCCAGACACUGCAGUAAGAAGACUCUGGCAUCCAGUGGGAAACCAGAAACUGGGCAGGGAGAAGUCCUGGAAGGAAUAGAAAUACAGCUUAAGGGUAAAACUUGAUAAUGCUAAAUUAGAGUGUGCAGUUAGAAAUACCAUCUCUUCUACACAGGCUCUCCAAACAGCUGUGAAAGCUCUCUUAUCAGAGGAAAAAACCCCAGCCAAAUAAAUUAUAUAUAUUUUGGUUUGUAAAUCACUAGAAUGGGACAGAAACCAGCAGGUUUUCUCCUGCAUCCUGCUAAUGCCUGUGUCACUGUGCUGGUCCUGGGAGGCUGGAGACAAACUUUGGGAAGUGCUCUUGGGGGGAUCGGGUGGCAGUGCCUGAGCUGAGCUUUAAUUAACAGAAAGUGGCCGCCGUUCUGCUCAGCACAGCAAUCUCAGACUUCAAUUGCUGAUUGAGGCAAGAGCCAUUUCUCACCAGGUAGAGGAAAUAAGGCUUGCAUCGGAACAUAAAAGAUUGUUUUAAUUAAACCUGGUAUUUCUAAGCCUGUUGCUGGCUGCAGCCGAACGGGGGAGGCAGCUGGAGUCAGUCAGAAAAUUCCCAGAAAAAAGACACUUUUUAUUUUUUCCACUUUGUAGGCUGGAAAUGGAGCAUGAUAGAAAAAUAAAAGGCUUUUGUUUUGUUCAGAGUUGUAUU